AUGAUAAGGGCUUUUAGUUGGUUGGACAAGAAACCCCCCACCCCCAGCCUAAAGGCCUGGCUCGCCGAUCCCGCCAUCGGGAACAACGCCACGCUCAGGCUCGUCGCCGGCCUCGUCUUCCUCCACGAGAAUGAUUUCAACGAAGCCCUCAAAUACACCAAUGCCGGUGGAACCAUGGAACUGCAUGCGUUGAAUGUUCAGAUCUUCAUUAAGAUGCAUAGGUCGGAUUACGCGGAGAGGCAGCUGCGGAUCAUGCAGCAGAUGGACGAGGAUCACACUCUCACGCAGCUCGCCAAUGCGUGGCUUGAUUUGGCUGUGGGUGGGUCGAAGAUCCAGGAGGCGUAUCUGAUUUUCCAGGAUUUGUCGGAGAGGUAUCAGUCCACUAGCUUGCUCUUGAAUGGGAAGGCUGUUUGCUGCAUGCACAUGGGCAAUUUUGAACUCGAUAUACAAAUAUUCUUGCAGGUCCUGACUCAUAACAAGCACAUACAGUUGAUUCAGAAUUGA